AUGAACGAAACGUCAAGAGAGGCUGCAGUUUCAACAGUGCCCGUAGAAAAAAAGGGUGAAGCAACCGAUGACGCCGAAGAGGAGUAUGACCCAUUCAUACAUCGUCCUUACAUCCAAGAGCAACUAAAUACGGAUUUCGCGGUAUUCAUGCACCUGCUGAAGGCCGCCAUAGGAAGCGGUAUACUCUUCUUACCCCAGGCCUUCCGACGAACCGGCUAUGUGGCGUCUUUCGUAUGCAGCGUCAUUAUCGGUGCCAUAUGCAUUCAUACUGCAGUUCUGACGGUGCAAUGUUCGCAGGUCCUCUGCAAGCGUAGCCGGGUGCCCAUGCUGGAUUUCGCUAGCACGGCGGACACGGCCUUUCAGCUGGGCCCAGAAAAGUUUCGAAAGUACGCAACAACCUUCAAUUUGGUGACCAACAUCUUCGUCUGCUUCGUCCAGUAUCAGACCACCGUGAUUUACGCCCUUUACGUCGCCACUUCCAUCGAGCAGGUAAUCGAGCAUUUCUCUGGAGUUAGCCUGGACAUCCGAGUGUACCUAGUUCUUUUCCUGCCGAUCUACCUGGGUCUGUCUUUGGUGCCAAACUUGAAGUACUUGGUACCGAUCACCAUCAUGGGCUCCAUUUUCCUGGCAGGCGGGAUUUUCGUCAGCAUUUAUUACUUCUUCUCCGAUUUCCCGAGUCCAGCGCGUCUUCGUCAGUUUACGGAUGUGUAUUCUACCUCGGUCUACUGCAGCAUCUUCAUGUUCGCUGUCCACAACAUGUCCAUAUUGAUGCCCCUGGAAAACACCAUGAAGAAUCCUGCCAACAUGCCCUCCAUCUUGGGCUUCGGCAUGGCUCUUAAUGUGGUAGUCUACGUCUUCUUCGGAUUCCUCGGCUACAACAAAUACAUGGACGCCUGCGACACGGUUAUCAAGAAUCUGCCCUUGGAGGAGAUUCCGGCACAAUUGGUGAAGGUCGCUAUCGCGGUUUCAGUGAUGUUCACUUACGGACUGCAAUACUUCAUUCCGAUCUCUAUAAUCUGGCCGAUGAUUGCAGAGAAGUAUCACAAGGGCUACGCCCACGAGCUCGCCUUUCGCCUUGGUGGAGUCCUAAUAUCCACACUGAUGGCUAUUGCCGUACCUCAAAUGGCAUCUUUGUUAGGGCUUUUUUCGGCAUUAAACAUUUCCACGGUCAUGCUUCUUAUCCCUGUGAUGAUCGAAACUGCCACCAAAUGGGAGCGUGAAAAUAGUUUCCAGCGCAAGUGCCUGCUGGUCAAGAACGUCUCCAUUUCUGUCCUCUGGAUGUUCUUAAUGGUAUCUGGAGCGAUUGAGAGUUUGAAGGACAUAAUCGAAACAUUCCGCGGCACCACCGAGAAAGAGUCCGAGAUCUGUAAUUAA